AUUGGCUAUACUUAAAGACCUAGUGUAGCGUAUAAUAUUUUACCAACAAUUAGCCUAGUAAUUAAGACAUUUUUAUUUUUACAAUUUUCAAUUGUGGCGAACCAUUAGAGGCAUAACUGCAAAAAAAAGAAACAAAUGUUAGAAAAUUACUAAAACAAUAUUUUAAACACGUUGUUACUAUUGAUUUUUAACGAAAAUCUACACACUUAGAAAAAAAGUGUUAAGUGAGGUUUUUUUUAAGCAAAAAUAAAGCGCUUGCGCUGUAAAACAGAUUUUGGCAAAAAAAAGAGUGUGUACGAAUUGUAAAACACGAAUAUUAAGGAAAAAAAAAGGCGAAAAAUCACUACUACCAAUAAUAAAAAUACACUAAACUGUUUUAUGCCAUAAACACAGUGCUAAAUAUACAGAGAAAAUGUGAUAUUUAAGAAAUAAUAAAAACAACAACGAAACAAUAACGAUGACGAAGUUUAAGUUUUAGGCAAAAUAAAAACAAUUAAAUUUAAAGAAAUAUAUAAAACAAAAAGAAAAACCAAAAGAAAAUUAAUUCAAAGAAUCAAGAAAAUGUAUAGUAAAGUUAUAUAAUCUUUAACCAAGACAAAGUCAAUCUAAAGGGGAAAAAAAAUAAAAGUAAAGAAAACGUGUGAGUGCUGCAUACAGCAAAAUUAACCUUAAAUGUAAAUCAUCAUUAAAACCUAAAACAAAAAACUAGCAGCAGCAGCAGUAGAGGAGCAGUUAAAUAGGAAAAAAAGGGGCCAGCACGAAAAAUCCAACACGAAAAGUUAAACUUCAUAUAGUUAUAUAUAUACACCAACCCACAUAUUAGCAGAAAUCCAGCGGAAAUCUAGUAGAAAUCUCCAACAGUCACAAUCACUAAAACGAGAGGAAAAAUUAAUAAGAAAUUAAAUAAAAUCCCUUAAAAAAGAAUUAUGGAAAUUUCUUAAAAAAAACCUCUUAACUAAAAAAAAAGGCAAAAGAAAAUCAGCAAAAGAAAACCUCAUCAUAGCAACAACAACAACAAACAACAUGGAAUUUUCAUAAUACUGUAUAACAUUUACAAACAACCAAUACAACUCAAUUAAACCAAUAAUUAAUUUAAAUAAAAACAAAAAAAAAAAACACAAACUUUAAACUAAAACUUCCAACUAAACAACUACACAACCCUUUAACGCUCACUUUUCUCAACUUUCCUCAACUUCAUACAUAACCUCAAACUCAAAAGCAUAAAAGCACCAAAGCAACAAAAACGAAAAUAAAAAUAACUCCCUUAGAAUGGGCAAGAAAAAAGUUCCCAGUGAAGAUUUAAUUGUACCACCACAAGAUCAAAGAAUAUGUGGCACUAUUUGUGUAUGUCAAAUGACUUUGGUAUUAAGUUCGGUAGCCUUAGUUUAUCUUACGGUAGCCAUUUAUAUGCCCUCCACACGAGCGUUUAAAAGUGGCAUCGAUCAGACGCCCGUCAUGUGUACGACCACAAGAGCCGUCAACAAGGAGAAUUGUGACUGGGGCUCCUGUGGUGAGUGGUGCCUGAGCAAGACCUCGGGCGCCUGUAUACAGAUCUUUGUUAACUUACGCAACAAUGGCACAAAUCUAUCCUUCCAGAAUUGCACGAAUUCGGCGAAUAAGACAUGUUACGGCAUCGAUCAGGAUAGCGCCGAUAAGGCGCGCUGCAUCAAUGAUGAGUGUAAGAAUUUGACCGGUACGUUUAAUUGCACCGCCGGCCAGUGUCUCAAUAUAACGGAUGCAUUUGAAUGUGUAUUCAAGAAUAGUGAUUCGCCGGUGAAAUGUUCGGGUCGCAGAGGGAAGAUCAACUGUAUGGAUAUAUCGGGUCUAUUCUCCUGUAAUAGGGGCACUUGUCGUAAAAUACGCACACCCUAUAAUUGUGAUCGUCGCUGUGUCGAUAUACCAACACGCAACAAGAAUGUGGUCUUACUCAGCGGUGAUAAGGUCCAUCUUUCUCAGUGUCAAACUGCCAUUAACGCUGACACCGAUGAGGAAGUGUGGACCGAUACCGAGGAUAAUGUGGUCAUGGCCUCCUGCUAUUUCAUAAGAACCUCGUCCGAUCGUGUGGAUGCCGUCGACUGUGUUAAUGGUUCUACACUGGACCACAAUUUACUAACGGAUCUUACGAAUUUCACUUAUCUGAGUCAUUUGCAUAUAUCUGUGGCCACUCUUGUGCCGGAGAUCGCUCCGCCCGACAUUGAUCUAACCAUAUCAAAUGAAUCGAAACUUAUGAUCAAUCUCGAGGGCUGUGUCAACACACUCAUGGAUGAGUGUAAGGAGUUUCUCAAGGAUUUCGGACGCGAUGGCAGCGAUCAUAAUGCCCGCGCCCGUUUUCCUUGUUACUAUUCGCCCAAUAAGAAGGACAUUGUUGUCGCUCGUUUCAAUCUAGAGGUGACAUAUCGUCAGUUUGUGGUUGCCUCGGUGGUGCCGUCAGUGUUGUUUGUGGUUUCGUGUCUAGUGCUGCUGCUGUGUCAGAAGACCGUCUAUGUGGGUGAUGAUGCUAAGAUGCGUUUUAAGGGUUGUGUCGAUACCGAUACGAUAUUGUCGAAGAAUGCCCUCGAUCAGGGUAUGGAAGAUAAUGGUGGUGUUGGCGGUGGUGGUGGGGAUGAAGUUAUGGCUCUAUGAGAUCCGUCACGCAUUCCUCUACUACAAGAAGACAGUCCAGUUCAUCAGCCCGGCAUAUUUGCAUUGCAAUAAAAAAAAGCAGUUUUUGUUUUUCUAAAUUAUGUUUUAACCAGCAACACAUUAACAAGAACAAUAUUAUUGUAAAACAACAAAAAAAAAAACACAAUAACAACACAAACACAAGUUUUCUUUCAAAAGCGUUUUUAAGCAAGAGAAUAAAAAAAAGAAAUAUUUUUUAUAAAUGAA